AUGGCGGACCCUCUCUCUAUAACUGCACUUACAAUCGCAGUUGGCGAAAUCAUUGGUAGCCUCAUGAAGUAUACUAAAUCGGUGAAGGAUUCAAGACCUGACGCUCGAAAACUAAGUGAAGAGUUGUUUGCUCUUAAAGGUAUUCUAGAACAUAUCUCCACCCAAGUCCAACCCUUAUCCGAAUCGAAAAGGCUGGGCUCAUCUAGCUCUGAAUUCCUAACGACCACUCUCGCAAAAACGGAUGAGACGCUUCGGUCUCUCCUCCUUGACCUUGGAGAGCCCGCGAGUAAAUACAAGCGACUGAAACAAAAGUUAGAGUGGCCUUUGACCCGCGAAAAAUUAGAUGGCCACCUUGUUCGCCUUGAAAGGGUGAAAUCGUGCUUGAUGCUUGUUUUCACAAGUGAUAGCAAUGCUCUUCACCGCGAUUUGCAUGUUAAAUUCAGAGAUCUUACAACGUCGCUAGAGGAUAACUUGAAAAUUCGGAAAGACGAAAAGUUUUCUAAUGCCCAUCAAGACAUUUGCCGAUGGCUGGCUCCAAUCAGUCCGACUAGUCUUCAUCUACGAGCUUCGAAAGCGCGACUGGAUCAAACAGGAAAAUGGUUCAUUGAUACUAUUUUCAAAGAAUGGCUAUGGGGGCACGAUGCGUAUCAGCAGACACUUUUUAUCUUGGGCAAAUGUGAGCUUUCUGUUUUCAACUCACACGCUGUCGAUGAGCUGAUUUCAAUGUCGGCAGAUGUCCAGGAUGUGACAUUUGGCUACUUUUACUGCUCAUUUGGCGAUGUGGCAACUCAAGAUCCGACGAACAUAUUAGGAUCAAUUCUAGCUCAGCUCUCUGGGUCAAAUCCGUCAAUACUAGAAAGAUUUUGGCCUCUCUAUGAAGCGAAAACAAAUUCGAGGGCACAUAAACACCCACUCGACAUUGCUAAUAUUGAAGAUGCUAUCAUCGAACACAUGUCUGGAGACAAGCCCGUCGUCCUUCUCGUGGACGCGCUUAAUGAGAGCUGUCACUCGGAGACCAUCCUGAAGUCCAUUUCAAGGAUUCAGAGCAAGCUGCCAAAUAUGCGUGUCCUUCUCACGGGCACAGCCUAUACGUCCUCGGUAGAGCAAGCCAGCAUUAUGAACAUGAGUGUGAGAAGCAUGAAAGACGACAUCGACACCUUCAUACGUUUCACCCUAGAAGACGACGAUAUGUUGAAGAGAUUAAGCCAGGACCUAAAGGAUCAGAUUUGGGAGGUCAUUACCAAAGGUGCAGAUGGAUCAUUUCGCUGGGUCCAAUUAUCUUUGGAUAGUCUAAGAUCGCUCAGAACCGUCAAGAAAAUCCGAGAGGCUCUGCAAACAUUACCAAGGUCCUUGCGAGAUACAUAUGUCAGCAUAUUGGAAAGGAUUUCCGAGAAUGAUUGGGAGAUUAGCCGUGCUGCCUUCUUAUGGCUCAGUUUCUCAAAUCGAUCACUUACAUUGGAUGAGCUGAAUGAAGCAGUCGUUCUGGAGGAGACAUCUACGGUUGUUGAUGAAGAUACAAAGCUCAUAUCUCCUCUGAUCCUUCUCGAAAUUUGUCAAGGACUCAUCAUCCAGGAUGAAUUUGGAAAGGUUAACUUGGCUCACGCUUCUGUCAAGGAUUUCCUCACGUCUGAGUGGAUAAACUCCUCUAGUGUGCAAUACUUCAGUCUAAAUCCAUCAAUCGCGGGUAAGACUUUAAUGCGGAACUGCCUCACAUAUCUAUGCCUCGAUAAUUUUCAGUCCGGAUACGUGCAUUCUAUUGACUCAAUUCUUGAGCGUGAGAUAAAGCACCCUCUUCUAGAAUAUGCUGCACAUUUCUGGGCCAGUCACGGCCAGUCGCGAAACUUUGAUUACCACGACCAUCAGAUCGUGGAUAAGCUUUUUAGUUCGCGGACUCUCCCUCGUCGUGGUAAUUUCGGCGUUUGGGUGCAGACCCUAACACCAUAUGUCGAUGUCGAAAUGAUCGAAACGACGCACCCGCUGUACUAUGCCGCGUCCUUUGGCCUAGUCCCAGUCGUCAAGGCUAUCCUUGAGGCAUCUCCUGACAUCGAUAUCGAUGCCCCUGGAGGGCAAUUUGGGUCUACACCGCUAUAUGUUGCAUGCUGGAGAGGGAAUCCUGAGGUAGUGGAGCUUCUUCUUCGCGCCGGGGCAGACCCCUAUUACCCUGAUCCUUCCACGGGACUAACAGUCUUUUCCAUCCCCCAAAAGCCCAUAUUUGCGCAUAUAAAGGAGAUUUUGUCAAAAGCACCUUUGAUUCCCAGAGACGUGCCUACUAGGCACACGCGUUCUGAAACUCCAUAUUCAGAGACAGGGUCACAGCCGAAGCGCAGAGCACUUGGUGGCGAUAUCGAAGUGCCAAAGGAAGACAGCGGCAGCCAGAAGGGAGCCCAAAGCACUGGCAUUGAGCAAACACUACCUGCGAGAUCUUCUGAUCCGUUGCCUCUUCUCUUCCCUUCCAGGGACGAAUUUUUACCACAGAUCAUAGAGUUGUAUCCACAGCUGCAGCCCGCUCUGGCCCAGCGCCUGGCGCAAGAGCAAUGUCAACGCUAUGAAAGACUCGCUCGAAUGCGGGAAAAGCACUCUCAAGAUAUCAAAACUCACUCGUGCCGAUCAGGUGAGCACUGUAUUGCUGCAGGGAUUGAUGCAGCGUCGGCCCCAUAUCGUCAGGAUUCUACAGUGCACCAGGGGCGCAAUAUUCUCGUUAAUUCCUACCAAAACUGUACUUCUGGGGAAGAAACAAGUUGCGUGCUUCAGUUUCCUCCUGGUGUUCCACUGCCACCUGUUCAAAGACUGCCGGCCCAGUUUGAGUGUCCCAUCUGCUUCGAGCUUAAGAAGUUCAUCAAACCUUCUGAUUGGGCGAAGCAUGUGUUUGAGGACGUACAACCUUAUACAUGCACCUUUCCCAACUGUCCGGAUCCAAAGACGUUCAAGCGCAAAGCAGACUGGGUGCGACAUGAAAUGGAAAGACACCGGCAUCCGGACGCUUGGGCCUGCUAUUUCCCAGAGUGUGGGCUAACUUCCCCGCGCAAGGAUAACCUCAUCCAACACUUAGUACGAGAGCACAAGGUUCGGUCAGAAACGAAUAUGGAAACUUUAUGGGAAAUGAUUGAGCAGUGUUACCGAAAAGAACCACCACGUGAAGAACGUUGUCAAUUCUGUGGAGAUAACCUGAGAAGCGAAAAAGAACUUAUUGUCCAUAUGGGAAAGCAUUUGCAAGAGAUCGCAAUGCCGGUUCUGGGGAUAAUUAAGAAGAGCGCUGGAUUUUGA